CCGAAAGCUGAGCAUGAUCGGACUGUUUGUGUUGCUGACGCUGCUAGCUUUGUCUAUGAUAUGUCUAUGGAAUAAAGCUUAUAAACGACAUGAGAAUUUUCCACCAGGACCUCCAAGUCUGCCGAUCUACGGCGCCUAUUGGAUUAUUGCCGCAAGAGCCUUCAACAACCUUGCUCUGGCCACAAUACGAUUAGCUAAAGAUUACAAUACGAAAUUGGUGGGUCUCUAUUUAGGGUAUAUUCCUCAAGUUCUGGUCAAUGACUCUACGUUGAUCAAAGAAGUACUCAUUAGGGAAGAGUUCGAUGGACGAUUGGAUACAAUCAUCUCUAGAGCAAGAGGUUUCUGGAAAAAAUUAGGUAUCUUCUUCACUGAUGGCUUCUUCUGGCAUACACAGAGAAGAUUCUCACUCCGUUACAUGCGUGAUUGGGGCUUCGGGCGCCGAUGUAAAGCUCUUGAAGAUACCAUUAUUCAUGACACCAAGGAGAUGAUAGAAAUGGUACUGAAUGGAACUACGACUGAUGAAGAAAAGAAAUUCGUCAACGGAGAUCUCAUAUACCUACCUCACUUCUUCGACGUUCCGUUCGUGAAUGGAUUGUUACAAGUAUUUGCUCAAAAGACCUUUGCCCGUAAAGAAUAUGCACGGAUAUGGGGUUUGGGAAAGUCCGCUUUAAAGUUCCAGAGAAGCAUAAAUGAUCUGGGUGGAGCGCUGGCAAUAACGCCCUGGAUUAAAAAUGUCUUUCCAAACAUCAGUGGCUAUAAUGAUUUGACUAACGGAACAAAAGACAUAGCCGACUUCUACGGAGAGCUUAUAAAAGAGGCUAUAGAAACGUAUGAAGACAACCACGAACGCCACUUUUUUGAUGCUUAUAUAAAGAAAAUGAAACAGGAAACUGACGAAAAUCAGCGUACUACAUACUCAGCCGAGCAACUGCAAUUAAUUUGCACAGACUACACAUUCCCUACUGCGAGUGCGACGGAAAUGACGCUUACGUUGCUGCUGGAGAGGAUGCUACUUCAACCGGAAAUCCAAGAUAAGAUUCACGAAGAACUUGACACUGUGGUGGGGAGAGAUCGAAUGCCUACUUUGGAUGAUAGACAGAAUUUGCCGUUCACAGAGGCUUGCAUUCGUGAGAUGUUAAGAUUCGAGACACUUGUGCCGUUAGGCGUACCUCAUCGCGCGAUGAAGGACACAACACUUGGAGGUUACAAUAUUCCUGAGGGCACCUCGGUGGCAGUGAAUCUAGUAACUCUCCAUAUGGAUGAGAAGAUCUGGGGUGAUCCGCAAAACUUCAGGCCUGAGCGGUUCAUUGUUGAUGGAAAGCUUCAAGUUAACCUGGACAAGUCCUUGCCUUUUGGAGCUGGACGCAGACUUUGUGCUGGAGAGACCUACGCUCGUCACAGCAUGUUUCUGAUAUUCGCGGCCUUUAUGCAAGCUUUCCAGGUGUCCACAGCUGACGGCAAGCCUUUAACCCAACCCGCGAAGAGGAUACAGGGUAUUAUAACCACGAUUCCAGAGUUCUGGGUUCGGGUUACGCCAAGAAUAGGUUAAACUGCAAAUUUGCAGCUAUUUAAUAAAAGCAAAUGUACGAGUAAGAUUCUAUCAUGACUUUGUUUAAGUAAUAAUUAAAAAUAUUAUUUGAAAUUAUCUAAAAUAGUAAUAGAAAGUAGUUAAGAUCAUGUUUCUGAAGUACAGACGAGCAUACGUAUUUUACGAUGGCUUGAAUUAAGUUCGGUGGCGGUUGUUGUAAGUAUUUGUUAAUAAUUAGAAGCGAUAGCAAAAUCUGAUAUAUAUUUAAUGAAACACUUUGU